AUGAGGGAGGAGGCGGAGCCCAGCUGGUUCGCGCGCAGCGGCGGCGAGGAGCAGCAGCUCCCGCGGCCGGACGAGCUGAUGCCGCUCACGCAGACGCUCAUCACGCCCGAUCUCGCCGUCGCCUUCGACAUCGCCACGCACGGCGGCGGCGCGGGGGCGGGUGCGGGCGCCGGCGCCUGCGCAGGCGGCGGGCCCGACAUCAACGGCGGCGGAGGAGGCGUGUCGUCGGCCGCGGGCUCCAGCGGCGGCGGGGGCGCCGGCGCCGGCGACGAGCCGGCGCGGACGCUCAAGCGCCCGCGCCUCGUGUGGACGCCGCAGCUGCACAAGCGCUUCGUCGACGCCGUGGCGCACCUCGGCAUCAAGAACGCCGUGCCCAAGACCAUAAUGCAGCUGAUGAGCGUCGACGGCCUCACGCGCGAGAACGUCGCGUCCCACCUCCAGAAGUACCGCCUCUACCUCAAGCGCAUGCAGGGGCUCGGCGGCGGAGGGGGAGGCGGAGGCGGCGCGGGGGGAAGCCACUCCUCCGGCUCCGGCAUCGACGCCGCCACCGAGCACCUCUUUGCCACGGAGCCCGUCCCCUUCCUCCCGCCGGGCCACGGCCACCGCGCGCCCGUCAACACCUACCCGCCCUUCUCCCCCAUGGGCGGCGCCGCGCACCACCACCACCAGCACCACGCGCCGCAGAUCGGUCACUUCCACCACCCCGCCGCCGCGCGCCCACUCGGCCACCACUACGGUGGCGCCGCCGCUGGCGCCGGUUUCGACCACGGCGGCUUCCUGAGCCGCGUCGCCGCGCCGCCCGUCGUCGGCCCGCCCGGGAUGCACCACCACCGCAUGGUCGGCGCCGGCGCCGGGAUGGGGAUGGGGAUGAUGGCGCCCGCCUCCUUCGCCGACGAGAUGGACCUCGGAUCCCGAGGCGCUGUCGGCAGCGGCGGCCGCCGCGAGCUCACGCUGUUCCCGACGUCCGGGGACCACUGA